AUGCUUUUAUUUGCUAAUACUGAUUCGAUAACAAGUACACCAAAUUCUCAAAAUUCUUCACCUAGGGAUGAACAUUUAGAAUUUGCUACAAAUUGUGAAUCUAAUGAGAAUAAAACCAGUCAUGGUAAUGAAGUAUCAAUGACUACAAAUGAGAAUUUAAUGGAAGAUGAUGAUGAAUCGACAGCGACUUUGACAACAAGGCACCAAAAACGCCGUGGCAGAAAACCAAAAUAUCCGGAUCCAACACCAGGGUACCGUUCUAGUUAUAGUGUCAAUAGGAGUUUCACUCAGACCGAAGUUGUGCUCUUAAGAAAUAUUCUAAAAGAAUCUGGCGAGCCGCCCGCUGACUUGUUCGCUACACGCGUUAAUGAUGCCACGAUGGUUUUUCCGGUUAACGAGGAGAAUCCAAAAAACCAAGAACUAUUAUCAAAUGCACGACGGAAAAGAUCUCGUAAUGUCACCUCUCCUUACCAAUCGAGAGUCUUACGUAAAGUAUUGACUGUGACUUCCUUUCCUUCCACCGAAAUGCGUGAAGCACUCGCAAAUGAGUUAAAUAUGCAUCCACGGACAGUUCAAAUUUGGUUUCAAAAUCAACGUCAAAAAGCCAAGAAUAACAUUCAAAUCCCAACAGCGAAUACAAAUACGACAGGAAAUGCAUCAACUGUUUCUACCUCAGCAUCGAUGAAUUCUAGAGGAGGAGAAAUGACUUCACUCGAUGACUAUAAUCCGGGAUUGAUGUCGGCGCCAAUGUCGGCGCCAAUGUCAACAACCGGCAUAAGUGCAAUGUAUUUUCCCAAUCUAACGUUUCAAAAUAACAAUGUUUCUCACGAUGCAACUCCAUACCAUUAUCCAGAUACGCAUUCACAAUUAACUGCUCAAAGUUUCUUACCUGAUGCUACAACUUAUAUGAACACUACACAAUUUGCCAGUCCAUAUAUCUUACCAAUUUUUCCUAGUACGCCAUUACCAUCACCACCAACACCAACAUAUUUACAUGCUACCUUUCAUCACCCUCAAUUUUUCCAUCAAACCUCAUCUACAGCAUCAACAAUGAAAUUUCCAGAUUAUUCGCCUUCCACCACAAAUAAUACAACAUAUCAUAAUCAUUCACAUCAGAUGAAUUCACAACAGCAGCAAUUACAAUCUCAAGAAAUCAAUCACCAUCAUAAUAUUUAUAAUUACAGUGAUUCAAAUGUAACAAAUCCUACAUUAGAUAUAUUGGCAGCAGCUGCCGCAACAGUACAAGCAGGCACUUCUCAUUCACUUCACCACCAAAUACGAGCGAUUAAUGCUAGUACAAAUGAACGAUCUGUCAUUGGUUCUUCUUUAAGUACGCCUAUAAGCGGUUUACAAUCUUGGUAA